CAAAGCAGUGCGACGAGAAACCCAGCAGGGAGACCUUCCAGGGUAAUAGUGACAGCUCUAUAGUUAUUGGUUUAACUUAAAGGUCUGUGUGUAGUAUUGCUAAUGGCCGCACCGAACACCGUCUAUUAUGUGGGAGAAGGAUUCACUUAGCCCUUUAAGUAAUAAUUCUAUUGUAAUUAUUUAUGGUUUAUUAUUAUUAUUAGAGAAAUGUGAAAUUUUGCUUUAUUGUUUUUUUUUGCCUUUAUUUCCGUUUCACAUUUAGUGCACAUAUUAAAUAUUGAAUAGCUUGCAGGAAUAUAUGUGUACGUCAAAAACUAUGUGUACGUCAUUAUCCCAGUUAAAGAAAGCUACUAAGAAAUUAUGUCUUUGUCCUUACUUGCAGAGUGCAUUAUAUGUGUUGCACGUAAAUAUAUUUAUUUUCUAAUAUUGUAAAAAGGAUGUUUGGCCUGUGAUUUUACAUAUAGAUAGAUAUAGAUAUAUAAAUUAUAUAUGUGAGAUUUAUAUAUUAAUUCUGUGGCCGUGUAGUCAUACCUUUUAGAGGGCAACCUGCAGUGCUCAGUCCACUACAGAUGAUACUCGAGGAAUUUAAAUAUCGUGCAAAAGUUCAUUUAUUUCAGUAAUGCAACGUAAAAGGGGAAACUAAUAUAUAAGGUAGACGCAUUGCAUGCAAAGCAAGAUAGUUCAAGCAGUGAUUUGUCAUAAAUGCGAUGAUUAUGGCUUACAGCUCAUGAAAACCCCAAAUCCACAAUCUCAGUAAAUUAGAAUAUUACAUGCAAUCAAUAAAACAAGGAGUGUACAUAGAACAAUAUCGGACCUCUGAAAAGUAUAAGCAUGCAUAUGGACUCAGUACUUGUUUUGGGAUCCUUUUGCAGCAAUUACUGCCUCAAUGCGGCGUGGCAUGGAAGCUAUCAGCCUGUGGCACUGAUGAGGUGUUAUGGAAGACCAGGAUCCUUCAAUAGCGGCCUUCAGCUCUUCGGCAUUGUUCGGUCUCCUGUCUUUCAUCCUUCUCUUGGCAAUGCCCCAUAGAUUCUCUAUGGGGUUCAGGUCAGGCGAGUUUGCUGGCCAAUCAAGCACAGUAAUCCCACGGUCAUUGAACCAGGCUUUGGUGCUUUUGGCAGUGUGGGCAGGUGCCAAGUCCUGCUGGAAAAUGAAGUCAGCAUCCCCAUAAAGCUCGUCUGCGGAAGGAAAUCUCCUGGUAGACGGCUGCGUUGACCCUGGACUUAAUGAAGCACAGUGGACCAACACCAGCAGGUGACAUGGCUCCCCAAAUCAACACAGACUGUGGAAACUUCACACUGGACUUCAAGCAUCUUGCAGUGUGUGUCUCUCCAUUCUUCCUCCAGACUCUGGGUCCUUGGUUUCCAAAUGAGAUGCAAAAGUUGCUCUCAUCAGAAAAGAGGACUUUGGACCACUGAGCAACAGACUAGGUCUGUUUUUCUUUAGCCCAGGUAAGACGCUUCUGACGUUUGUUGUUCUGGAGCGACUUGACAAGAGGAAUAAGACAUCUGAAGCCCAUGACCAGGAUCCGUCUGUGUGUGGUGGCUCUUGAUGCACUGACUCCAUCCUCUGUCCACUCCUUGUGAAAGUCCCCAACACUUUUGAAUGGCCUUUUCCUGACAAUCCUCCCCAGUCUGCGGUCAUCCCUGCUGCUUGUGCACUUUUUUCUUCCACAUAACUUUCUAUUAAUGUGCUUUGAUACAGCACUUUGGGAACAUCCAACUUCCUUCAUAAUUACCUUUUGAGGCUUUCCCUCCUUAUGGAGGGUGUCAAUGAUGGUUUUCUGCACAACUGUCAGGUCAGCAGUCUUCCCCAUGAUUGUGAUUCCUACUGAACCAGACUGAGAGACCAUUUAAAGGCUCAGAAACCAUUUGCAUGUGUUAUGGCUUACUUAGCUGAUUAGAGUGGGACACUGUGAGCCUAGAAUAUUGCACCUUUUCACAAUAUUCUUAUUUUUUUGAGAUUGUGGAUUUGGGGUUUUCAUGAGCUGUAAGCCAUAAUCAUCACACUUCUGACAAAUCACGGCUUGAACUAUCUUGCUUUGCAUGUAAUGUCUAUCUCAUAUAUUAGUUUCCCCUUUUACGUUGCAUUACUGAAAUAAAUGAACUUUUGCACAAUAUUCUAAUUUUCCGAGUAUCACCUGUAUACAAUGCCCUCUGGGUGCAUACACUCAUACUGGUAAGGAUAACUAUUUGACUGCUUGUCAUGAGAUGACACCAAGGCUGUCCUAGCAGCACCAUAACCACUACAUAGAGAUGCAGGAGGUUAUGGGGUGUUCCUUUAAAGCACUCUUUGGGGACUUAUGAAAACAUAGUUUGCAUUACCUAAAAAUCUAAUAUCUGCAGCCGCUGGAAGCCCUCACGUUCUUUCCUGGCACAGACAUUCUCUUCACAGUCAGUUUUCUCAUUGAGAAGCUUUACAAGGCAGGUGCUCUAGGCAAGUGCCUGCCAUUUGAGUUUAGCAAAGGAGCUAAACUAGCAGAAGAUACUCCUCCAAGCUGUCUGUCAGCCAGAGAGGUGUAACCUAACCGCAUAAGGUUAUAAAAGUGACCAAUAUCUAUGCAAAUUGGCACUUUUGUAAAAUGAAAAAAGGGGACACACUUCACACAAGCUUAAGCACUUUUUGUUUUUGUAGUGCUCCUUUAAUAUAGUGGUUUUAAUCUAUAGAUGCUGCCUGACAACGUAACUUUGAGAAACAAUGAAUACAGCUUCUAGGCUGUACCAUCUGUGGAGAUGGCAGGGCCCAACCACAAUACAAGAGCCUUGGUAUAAAAUUGAAUCCUUUCUGUGUAAUUCAAAAGAUCUUUCCAAUAUGUUAUGGAUUGACGUCGGGGCUAGUGCAAAAUUCAUCUCCAACAUAGAAACUUCAUACAUAAAAGAUAUCUAUGAAAUUUGGGUAAAAUACAGGAAAAGAAAUCACAUUUUAAAUAAAAAAUCUAAGUAUAAUCCAAUUAAGACAAUGGAAUAUAAUAUUAAUUACCUAAAUUUAGGUAAUUGGAUCAAAUUUGGUUCAACUAAAAUAGAUUGAUUGAUGAUUUAUUAUAAUUGAAGAAAAUAAGGUAUUUUUCAAAUCUUCGGUUAAGUCUUGACCUUAAUUCAAGAGAGUUAUUCUCAUACCUAAGAAUCAAAAAUUAUUUGGAUAACCAUCUGCUUUAUGACAACACUAGGAUAAAUUUAAAAAAAAAAAUGAUCUCUUUAAAAAUAAUACUAAACGUAAAUCGAUAUCUAGUUGGUAUGAAAUAUUGAGAGAGGAAGAAAAAGAGUCUAAACCAAAAGCCUGGAAAAACUGGGGACAAGAAAGCGGGUCUCCAAUCGAGAUAGAGCAGUGGUAUAGAUCAAUUCAAGAAGUUAAAAAAUCGUUGCAUUGUUUAAAUAUCAUAGAGCUCCAUUAUAAAAUUCUUCAUCAAUGGCAUAGGGUACCAAAAAUUCUAAAUAGAAUCAACCCUCAUAAUUCCAAACUUUGUUGGAGGUGUACUUGUGCUGAAGGUAGCUCUAAACAUAUCUGGUGGGGAUGUAAGCUUUUAAGACCUAUAUGGAAUAAAGCAUUUAGAGUUAUAUCAGAUUUAGUGGGAGAAGAUUUGGAAUAUAACUCAAUGGUUGCUCUUUUUCAUUUUAAUUUAAGAAGAUUCUCAACUCAAAAUAGAUAUUUAAUAAUCCAAUUUAUGAUGGCCAUAAAAAUAGAAAUAUCAAGAUAUUGGCUACAGAAAAAGACUCAAUCUUGGACCCAAGUGCUAACUCAGCUUAAAUACCAACACAUUAUGGAAAGGGGAAUAUCUUCAAUAUGAUAGCCACUUAAAAUUUGAUGAGAAAUGGUUACCUUGGCUAGAUAAUCUGAUAUAACUAUAUACCUUGUUGCGUUCUCUGUUAUGAAUAUCCUUUAUAUAUAAAAAUCACUCUAGUUCUUCCCUACGGUACUGUAUUCAGGAAAGUUAUGAAGUAACCUAAUUAUUAUAGUUUAGGCCCGUCUAAUCUGCUCAGUCCUUUUAAAUUGUGAUAUUUGUGUUUUUGUGUGUGAAGUUUACUCAGCGGUUCGUAUAUCCUUCCAUUGUAAAUCAAAGUCUAUGUCUAAUUCUGAACUGUUGUUGUCUGUGAUGUUACAUAUGUAUUUUUUUCUUUAACUCUAAUGGCAAUCAGCUAGACUAGGUUUAAUAUUUUCCAUAUUUGUUUAUCAUCAAAAGGCAACCCAUGAGCUUAACCUAUUAUUGGCCCUUUUUUUGUUUAAUUCUUAUUACAGUAAAGAAUGGAAGAUCAAAAAUCCACAGAGGAGAAAGCAAAGAAUUUUAUAAUCCCUUCCCAGUUGCCAGAAUUAUCCCAGGUAAGAUUUCUACUUUGUGUUGACUUUUUGCUUUCUCUACAAACAUUCUUAGCUUUUCCUUUUUGCUCUGCCUGUAGGUACGCCCCCUUUUUCAGGCGACAUCAGUAGAACAUUUAGCCCCAGCAGCAUCAUGUGGAACCUACGCUGAUUACAUUGUCCAGCAACAGCCCAAGAUUCAAGAAAACACUGGAAUCAAGGUUGCUGCUAGAGAGAAUACGGCAUUGUCUGCAGGACAAGAAGCUAUUGCAUCUACAACUCCAGGAGGAGGAAGGAGCUGUAUUGUAGUCAGUACGCGACAGGUAAUUAUGGCAGUCAGUAUUAUGCAAAAAAAUUUUUUAUAUAUGUCUAUGUUUCUAUACCAAUGGAGUUGUGGUGGGGAAAAAAGUAUGGAUGAAAACACCUUCCAACUGACGUAAGUGGAUAAUAAAUACAUUGCUAAACACAAAUACAGACACCAGGCAAGCCAUAAGACUUGCUUUUCCCACAGAAAUCUCACUUUAACAGUGCUUUCACUACUGCAAGGGAUUCUGGGUAGGCAUAUGCAAAUGAGCUCAACAAAUAUUGUUCUUGGUGUAAUUCCAGCCCAAUAACAUAAAAAUAACAAGGGAAUGCAUUCACUUGUCUUGCUUACGUAUGCUUUUGUGUUUUUUUUUUAAAAGUAAAUGUACACUAUAAUCACCAGAACAACUGCAGCUUAUUGUAUAUGUUCUGGUGAGUAGAAUCAUUACCUUCUUACUGUAAAUACUGUCUUUUCAGAGAAAAUGCAGUGUUUACAUUACAGCCUAGGGAUACCUUCACUGGCCACUCCUCAAAAGGCUGCUAGAGGUUCUUCCUGGAGCAGUGCUGCACAGUGUCUCCACUAUCUGCACGCAGAUGCUGCACUUUCCUCAUAGAGAUGCAUCUCUAUGAGGAGAUGCUGAUUGGCCAGGACUGUUUUUGCCUUGUGCUGGUUCUGCCCCUGAUCUGCCUCCUUGACAGUCUUGGUUAAUCCAAUUGCAAAGCAUUGUGCUUGCCUCACAGAAUCAGUUCUGAUAAUGUCAGCUGUAAGCAUGCGGGUCAGUGGCAGAGGCAGCAACUGCAGAUUUGAAUACAGGUAAGAUUUUACUCUAUUUAGGUAGGCAAGGGGGAUCAGGGGGUCUAGAUGGUGGUUUUAACACUAUAGGGUCAGGAAAACAUGUUUGUGUUCCUGACACUAUAGUGUUCCUUUAAGAAAUCAAUGAUUCAGUACAACAAACUAUGAAACUGUUUACAUUUGUUACAUUUUAUUUUAUUAUAUUGACUUUUCAUUGGCACUUUUUGUUACAUGCUGGGUUGUUUUUUGUUUUUUUUUGUAUGUUGCACGUUCUCCUCUAAUUGUACAGCGCUGCAGAAUAUGGUGCUUUAUAAAUGCCAGUAAUAAAUAAAUUAAAUAAAAAAAUAUAUAUUGCCUGAAUGCGUUUCGCUUGCGCCUAAUGGUACACAGUGGUGGUUUCUAUGGAGAUGGGUGUGGAGUGUGGUUUCAUACCAUGGCUUGAGAGCCUCUCUUUCACUUUGGUUUUGUUUGCCCAGGAUAUUUAAAUCGGAUGCAGGAUUUCGGUUUGCUAUCCUAAAGAAAGUCCAGUUUGUUGGACUGAAACAAUGAUUUCUUAAUUAAAAAAAAAUAAGCAUAUCUGAGCAAGAUCACUCAGUGCAUUCCCUCAUAAUAUUCCCUUAAAAAAUAUAUCUCUCUCUCUCUCUCUCUCACUCUCACUCACUCACACAUUCGAGAUCCAGCAGACUUGCUCAUUCAUUAAACAGCAAGUCUCAGAAAAUGUAAUAGUUUUAUUUAAAAACACCUAACUUAGGCAAAAAAUAAUAGGGAUCAUACAUAGCAUAAGCCUGCCACAACCAUAUAUAUGGUAGGUUAAUUGUAUUAAUUAUGUAUGCUUUCUUGUUCUGGUUUAGCCGCAUCACUUUUUUUUUUUUUUUUUGGUGUGUGUUACACUUUUAAGAGUUUUAGGAUUAUUCACUAGAACUUUUAUUUUAUAUUAAGCAGUGGUUUACGUCUUUUUUUGGUUUGUGAUUUAAGGGCUUAUGAAACAAGUAGUUCAUUUGUAUUCAUCAUAUUAAAAGAACACUCCACUGCCCAAAUCCAAUAAAAAAAAAACAACAAACAAACCACUAUUUAGUAGGUAUACAUGCAUGCAUUGAAUUAUGCAUAUAGAUAUGAAAAUCAAGGUUAGGAAGUAAAAAAACGGCAACUCCCCUAUCACCAGCAAUGAGUAAAAGGGGAAGGAAGGACAACUAUCUAAUAUAUAAUUUAAUGUCCAUCUGAUUGGAUGUUUUUAGUUAUUUAUAUACAACUACUUUGUAAUAAAAUGUGUUGACAAUGAUAUUUGUAAAGUAUACAGUAUAUGAAUACUAUUGUGAAAUAUAUUUGGAAUUUGUUAACUUGUAAAAUGGAAAAUAAAGAUAAAAGAAUAUAUAAAAGCUGUUUUUGUGCAGUGUAUAGAAUUCUUACCAUAAAAGUGCAUGCAAGGGUUAAAUAAUUUCAUAUAAGUAAGGUAUUUAAAGCUCCGCUAUAUCUCUUUCAUUCUAAAUACUGAUAGAUAUAUAUAUGUGUAUUAAAGUAGUAUGUAUAGACAAAAAAUGUGGGAUCCAGCUAUGCAUCUAAAAAGGAAUAAAUAAAUAGCACAUCGUGAAGUAUGUCUGAAUAUAAAUCAACUCUGUGCUGUAGAUAUACACUUACAAGAGGAAAGGAAAUUGUGAGUGUAUAUCUACAGCGCAGAGUUGAUUUAUAUUCUGACAUACUUCACAAUGUGCUAUUUAUUUAUUCCUUUUUAGAUGCGUAGCUGAAUCCCACAUUUUUGUCUAUACAUACUGCUGUUGAAGGGUGGUUAAUUGGGCAAACCACCUGGGAAGCUGCAUCAAUUAUACAAAAGCUAAGUACCACUGUGUGUAGUAUGUGGUGCAUAUCUGGUUUAGCUGACACAGAAGUGUAGUACACACCAAUUAUGGCUGUCCAAUUACAGGCUUCCCAAUGCAGAUCAAUGAGAAGUCUUUGCAAGGCAAGUGCUGCCUUUUGAGUUCAGCUCCACUACGCUAACCAAACCAGGAAGUAACAGGACCGAGUGUCUGAUUAACAACCUGGGUGUGUAACCACGUUCAUUUAUUAAAGUGCCAGUUUCUAUAUAAAUCUGCACUUUUUGUUAAAUGAAGAAAAGACAGGACACACUCUAAACACAAAGUAAGCAAGCUUAAGACAGACAUUUUAAUUUUUCAAGAUUUAGUUUUUGUGUGAAAAACACAUAGUGAUUAAAAUAUAGUAAGUUCCCAAGUAUUACAUUUAGAUUUGUAUAUUUAGAAUGAGACUUUGGGUUAGGUAAGUAUAUGCACAACUCUUUUUCCACUGCUUUACCGCCCAUCUGUUAAUAUUUAUGGACACCAAACAUUAGUCCUCUUUCUUGAGAGGUUGGCUGUUUCCCAAAUGCCUGUCAGAGGAUUGGAAAGUCGUUCCUGUAUCUAAUGCUGCAUUUGGGCCCCCUUGCUGUCCUUUUCAUCUGUGUUCAAUCUGAGUCCUGGGAGUGUAAAGUAGACUUGAAACGGACUCUGCUAAAUAGCCCACCACCUUUAAGCUUAGGGGAGCCAAUAUUUUCUGAUACAGCUGCCAUUUCUUCGUUACCAUGUGUUAACCAAGCCUUUCUUGUGAUAAAGUUGGAAUUCCUUUACUGUGUUUCAGAGAGGAAACCCUCUCCUUAAACAUCUACGAAAUGUACCCUGGGAGUUUGGAGACAUUGUGCCAGAUUACCUGCUAGGAGAUUCAAGUUGUGCACUAUUCCUGAGGCAAGUACCUUAUAUUUCAACAUUUGCAAUAUCACUAUUUUUCUUAUAUUUCCUUUUUUUUCCGUUUUCACCUAAUCAAUGAACAUUUGUAGUACAUACAUUUUAUCUUUUUAUUUUGAUAGCUUAAGAUAUCACAAUUUAAACCCUGAAUACAUACAUUCUCGCCUUCGAUCUCUUGGACAGUGCUUUGCCCUUCGUGUGCUUAUGGUACAGGUGGAUGUGGUGAGUCUGAUCAGCAUGAAGACAAUUUUUCUUUCAGAAGUGAAAAGGUUACACUAUACUUGUUUAUAUUCAUCACUAUUUCUCAUAUUGUUCUUUCAGAAAGACCCCCAUUUCUCAUUAAAAGAGUUGGCGAAGAUCUGUAUUCUAUCUGACUGCACUUUAAUACUGAGCUGGAGGUGGGUGUAAGCGUAACAUAGAACUUAGCAUAUGAAGAUGCUGUUAAUGGGAAUAUGAAGAGAAAUCUUUCAAAGCAAAAUUAGACAUUUGCAUAGGUGUUAGGGAAUAUAAUAAUUCUUGAACUUGGCUCUUCCUUUUACAGUCCAGAGGAAGCAGCACGCUACUUGGAAACAUAUAAAUGCUAUGAGCAGAAGCCAGCCGAUGUACUGAAAGAGAAGACAGAGAGGGACUUCAUAUCUAGGGUGAGAGAGAAAGGUUAACAGGGCAAAAGAAAUGCUUACAGUGUGAUUGAAGGAACAUGCAUCACUUUGAGACAACUGUCUAAUCACAAAGAUUUAGCUUUGAAUAAUGCAGUUGCUUCACUAUGCAGGUUUAAAAAAGCAGGUAAAUGAUUCCCCCACACCAUUUACCUGCUUCUUCUUUUUUAUGCUUUCCAUUCUCAUUUGAGGGGCACUGAUCUAGCCAAACAGUGUCCUAUCAUUAGGAAUGCUGGAAAAGUACAUUGGGCAUGCCUGACAGAUUUACCCAAGUGCAGUUGAAAGAACUCUUCACCUUGCAACAUCCUGACAAGGGGAGAAGAGAGGGAGUCUGAUCAGUGUGAUUUCAUAGAGCAGGCUCCGGUGUCUGGUUACUCUCUCCUGCUGCACAAUGAUGCCCUGUUUUUGACAUUAGUUAACAGGUCUUAAACCAAGAUGGAUUAGUAAGAGGGAGGGUGGGGCAGAAGAAACUCCCCUAGAUAAUAGGCGUGCCCAGUAUUGCAUUCUGACCAAGUUUAUAAAUGUUUAUUACAUACUUUUCAAAGUAUUCUUGCUUUAUUUUGGUUUGUAUAUUUAAAAAUGUUUGCUUGUUUAAAAAAAAAAAAAAAAAAAAAACUGUCUACUAAUGCAUGCCCAUUUUAGUAUGUGCUUACCUUGAACAAAGCUAUUUAACCCUCCGUGGUGUGAUUUGGGACAAUAUUGACUUCCAAUUGUGUUUUAGAACAUCGGGCUAAAUGGGUGCACUAUUAAAGGGACACUCCAGGCACCCAGACCACUUCUGCCUAUUGGAGUGGUCUGGGUGCCAACUCCCACUACCCUUCACCCUGUAAGUGUAAUUAUUGUAGUUUUUUAUCAACUGCAAUAAUUACCUUGCAGUGUUAACUCAUCCUCUAGUGGCUGACUACUAGACAGCCACUAGAGGGCAUGUCCGUGUCUAUAGCACAGGUUUGUGCUAGAGCGUCGCUGGACAUCCUCCCGCUGUGUGAGGACCUCCAGCGUCGCUCAGUUCCCCAUAGGAAAGCAUUUUUAUUUUCAAUAUUAGAACCGCUCUAUGGAGAGCUUUAAUGCGCGUGCGCGGCAUUAGGUCUCGCGGGCGGGAUCAUUCUCGCCCACCAGCUGACGUAAGGAAGGGGAGGGGCGGCGACCCGAAACCACCACGAGGGACAUCGGCAGGGGUCUCAGGUAAGUGACUGAAGGGGUUUUCACCCCUUCAGAAACCGGGGACGGGGGUUGGGAGGGAGAGGGGACCUGCAGUGCAAGGAAAUGGAUUGUUUUCCUGGCACUGGAGUGUCCCUUUAAGCAAAAGGGGUCAAACCACAAUGGUCAUUGUUUCUCAGACAAUAUUUAUCAGUUGUUGACACCAUUAUUCAGAAUUUGACUAACUUUCUUUAAAUCUAGGAGCCUGAGCCAAAAAUGAGGUACCAAACAAUUGACUCGGGGAUGUGUGUGUUAUGGUUGUUGUAUUUUCUCAAUGUGGCUUUUGUGUGUCACUUGCAUAUUAAUCUUCUACAAAGCAGCAUCACAAACAUCAUAUGCACCAUAUAGAAGUGACACUGAUUGUAUAGGCCUGGUGGUUCUGUAUGCGAUAGGAGUAGUGAUCUGUUUGUGACAGUAGACAUAGGACAUCUACCAGUAAGAGUGCAAUAUAGAGAAUUUUCUACAUGUGACCCUUGUGACAGCUUACCCCAGGCUUCCAUCUGUUAUUGUGUCCCUGCAGAUGGUGAUUCUUAUGUGCACCUCAACUGCUAAACAUUUUCCACUCUAUUCAAAAAUAAACUUGUUUGUUAUUUUGUUUUUUAACCAGUUGCAUGUACUGUAUUGCACCUGAACAUUUGCGUUUUAAGAGUGACAACUUAUUUAUCUAGGUGAGUGUUUUAACUAUUUGUUCCUUAUUUUAGAUGACAGACUGCCUCACUACUGUGAAAUCUGUGAACAAAACAGAUAGUGGAACUUUGUUUACCACCUUUGGGGUUAGUAUUAUUUAUAUAACUUGUUUCCGCCAACACACACAGAAUAAAGAAUUGGGCCAGAGUGACUGACUCUGACAAUAUGUAUGCCGUCAUCAUUUUCAUUGUGUGUUCGGGUUUUUUUUUUGUUUUUUGUUUUUUAAAUCAAUUAAUAUUCUGUGAAAACAAUACAAAUGAUUUGAAACGUAUGCAUUCAGGAAACAAAAACCACACGUAAAAGGCUUUCACAUUGAUAAAAGCAAAAUCAAACAGACAAUAUUGACUAACUUGUUUGCUGCCAUAUCAUUACAAAAGAAGUCAAAUGUAAUAGCUCAGUGUAGUGAAACCUAUUCUCUAUCACAGGUGAAGUCUUCUUUUCAAGUCUAAAUGAAUCACCUGUAGUCCUUGUUAUAGUUCAAUAAAUGAAGUUACCAGAACAGAGAGCUGCUUGUACUAGCCCUGUGUAUAUUUGUAUAAUAACAUAUCUCUCAGAUGCUUUUAAUUUCUUCAAAAUAUAAACAAUUGAUAUAUGGAGGAGGUUCUUGGUGAUUUAGCUGAUCACACAGUUCACUUUUAAAUUCAUUAAGAGACUCCACAUGUUUCGGUUACUGUCUCGCUGUUAAACUCCAAGUUGCAGUAUUGAGACACAUACAGCCACUUCACAGUGAUGAAGAUACAGCCUAUCUGAACUAGUUGGAAACAGUGUUAUGCUGGUAACUUUUUAUUUGACUGUGAGAGUCAAAUUAUUGCUUUUAUGUAAUAAAUUCAAAAUCUUUUUAACAUGCUAUUCUCUGAGGGCUUCUGUUCUCUCCCCUUUUUUAAAAUAAAUAUAAUAUACUUAGAAAUUAACUGGAUAUCACACAGAAUAUUAGGGGGUAUUAAUUGCUUUGGAAAUUGCAAGAUUUACCCUAUAGUAGACACACAGGGGUUGGAACUAUUCAGGACAUAAUGCAUUAACUUAACAGGCAGCACAGUCUUGAAUUGUUUUUGUCACAUUGUCCCUUUUAAAGAGUUGAUUUGUGACACAAGAUGGACACUAAGGUUUUAGAAUUUAAUUUUUGCACAUUUAAACAAGCUAGUUCUAGAGCCAUCACACUUGUUAUUUGAACUUAGAAAAACACAUCUCAUUGAAAUGUAUAAUUAAUUUGCAUUUCCAGAGAUUGUUUCUGAAAUCUAACAGUUCUACCAGAAACAUGGCAUGUCACAGUAAGUGUACAUACAACCCAGCCAAAAGUAGAACUCUUUUUGUAUUUUAAUUUUAGGUGGUAUAGCCAGGUGAAAGGAAUAGUCUGUGAAGUUUUUAGUUAAAGUGGCUCUAACUUACAUUUCUCCUAUUAUUUCCUUUUUAAAACAUAAAACAAAAUAUGGACUACUUUCGUCUUGUGUAUUUUUCCUACGCUUGACAAUUAUGACAAAAAGGUGGAGCUUAAGGCAAGCUCCACUUCCUUUGUAACCUUUGUCAAGAUGUAAAGUGUAGAAAAAAGACAAAAGUAGUCCCUAAAGAUGAAUAUCAGAAAUUAAGAAAAAGAAUAUAUUCUGACACCAGAAGAGAAAUAAUUAGGAGAAAGGUAAGUUUGAAGUGACUGAGCCACCCUAAUGACCCGACGUAAUUAAGUAACAAGGUGAUUUAGAACAAGAUUUUAUUUUAUUAGCCUAUUAUUUACAGCAAAUAUAGAACCUUGUAACUUUCCGUGCAUCACAAAGCUCAACAGCUAUAGAACUCCAGCAUACUAAACAUUCUGCACUCCUAGAAAGGAGGGGCACGUGUAUGUAUGUGCUGACCAGUAACAAUUCUACUCUCUUUACAGUAAUUUCACGAAUGUUCUAUUAUUUCUGUUUUACUAAAAACUAAUUUUGCCCUCAGACAUUAGCCGAUAUUGCAAACUCAUCCCGCGAAGACCUCUCCCUUUGUCCAGGACUUGGGCCACAAAAAGUGAGUUUCUAUUGUUAUUCUCAUGUUUAUGCUCAUUAAUUUAUUUGCAACUUUAUAGAUGUUUUUUCUUUUUCUAUAUAUUAACCAAAUCAACUUUUUUUUUUUUUUUUUUAAUCUCAGGCUAAGAGACUGUAUGACACACUACAUGAACCAUUUCUAAAAUCUGGCAAGUAAAGGCACGAAGUCUUCAGGAUCUGAGAAAGUGGACUUUCAGUUAACAGCUCAUCAAAGCAAUUUAUUGAAACCCCUCAAACAACCUUGCAUAUAAAUUAUGAGGACUACAGCCGAACACCAUCUGGAGAAAGCUGCAAUUUGCUUCUCUAAUGUAUAGUUUUGUAAAUUAUUUUCUUACAAUUGUUAUUAAAACCAUUAAAUAUGCAAACGUGUUUUUCUAAACAGUACUCAACAUAUACAGGUAGAUAUUGUGACGCACAGAGAGAUUGAUUUUUUCAGACCUUUAUUAAGUGACAAACAGAUCUUGAAUAUAUAUUUAAACCAUAGGAAAUUUCUACUUAUAAAAGAUUCCAUGAUAACAGGAAUAAAAAAAAACAAAAAAAAACACUCCUAUAUACUUUCAUUUUCAAUGAGUAAUUUUAUUUUUUUUUUACCAAUAUACACAUAAUAUGCAAACACUUUCUCACUUAUAAAGUUAUUUAGUGCUUUCACAUUAGGUGUAUACUAAUGCUAUCUGUAUAAAUGUAUAUGUGCAAAAUAACUUUGGAAAACAAACAGACUUCUCAUUGUAUACCAUGCACUCAUUACAUACGUACACACACACAAAUGUAAUAAGAUGGGAGACAAAAUUUAAUGAGCAAGGGAGCGGGUAUAUUUAUGGAGGAUUAAUUUCUAAAAAAAAAAUAGGCAACAGACUUUGAUACUAGAUUUAAAUACCAGUUCUAAGUGCCCAUUUUUUAAUACAAUGUACACACACACCUAUAUCUCAAUCUAAAUCAGUGCUGUCCAGCUAGCAAUAGCCAGCAGUCACCUUUACUGUAUAAAUCAUUAAACGUGUUAUGGAAUAUUUUGGUGCUGGCUAAGUACUGGCAUCUUCAGUAAAUGCAGAGACAAUGCUUGUUAAUGGGCAGUAAGGAUAUGAUGUUCCACACUUUCCACCUUCACGAAGCCUUUCUCCCUCAGAGUAAGUCACAUUCAGGUAGUUGCUGACCAGAGCUAUGCUGUUGAACUUGCAGCACCAUUUGAAAAGUAUUUACAACACCCCUAUUCUGCAGUUUUCCCAGGAUAAAAAGAAUACCAUAUAUUCACGUCUACACCUAAAAUGUAAAUUUCGCAAAUUAAAGGAACACUCCAAGCAAUAUAAGCACCACAAUGCACUGUAGUGGUUAUGAUAAAAUGUACUCUGGCAACCCCCUACUGCCAGGAGCUUUCUGAGCUACUCCAUGCUUUGCAGGUUCUGCUUAUUGGCUGAGAGCAUCAGCUGAUUUUCGCUUUGCUCCCAGCCCACCCCAUGCAAGUUGUCAAACCAUUAGCAAGUGGUUUGACUACUUACACUAAGGGGUACAAAGGCAUUACUGUAGUAGAAAUGGUCCUUUGAUUAUUCAUUUAAAUAACCCACACUUUUCAGUUAAUAUCAAAAGCAGUGAAUCCCACAGAAUAGAUCGCCAGGGAUGGGCAACUAGUAUAAAAGUAAAUAGUUUAAAUGGCUGCACUCAAUGUCUAGGAGAAGGAAAAAAAAAAGUGUCUUAGAUGUUGAAAGCGGAAAAUGGUGUGAUGAGGGAGAUGGGAAAUUAAAUAAUGGUUAUUCCCAAAUACUAAAUCUCUCUCCUGUUUAUGCUCAUUAACCUAUUUGAAGCUUUUUUUCCUUUUCUAUAUAUUAAUCAAAUCAACUAUUUUUUUAUUUUUAUCUUGGGCUAACAGACUGUAUGACCUACUAAAUCAGGCUUCCCCAAACUCCGGCCUUCCAAAUGUUGCUGAAAUACAACUCCCAUGAUUCUAUGAAUGAAAUAGAUAGGCUGAGAAUCAAGGAAGUUGUAGUUCAGCAACAUCUGGAGGGCAGGAGUUUGGGGAAACCUGCACUACAUGAACCCUUUCUAAAAUCUGACAAGUAAACAAAAGGCAUGAAGUCUCCAGGUUCUGAGAAAUUUAACUUAAAUCUUCCAGCUCUCCAAAGCAAUUUAAUGAAACCUCUCUAAAACAAUCUUGCAUAAUAUAGUUGACAGGGAAUAGUGAGAAACUGUAUAGUGUGGUGGAAAGAAAAUUUGAAGUGCAGGGGGAGAUUAGUAAAUGGGAAAUCAAAAUGAAAGUCAUCAUAUGGCACAGUAUCAGAAUGACAGGAAAGUAAUGGAGCGGGGCAAUAAAGUAACAUAAUAUGGUAAAUAACAGAAGAAGACAUUUGGAAGAGUGGGAGAGGAUGAAAAUGGAAAAAGAUAAAGUUUGGAGGGAAGGGAGUUCUGGAUUGUAGAAGGAAAUGGAGAUUAUGAAGAGGCAUAAAUGUGAGGGGAAAAUAAGGUUUAUGAGUGAGAUAUGGGGCUCUGGAGGCAUACAUGCAAGUAGGAAUUUUGAGAGGAACAAGACUGAAAUAAAGUUAACAAAGGGGUUGAUAGGAUAAAUGAGACAGGGUUGAGUCAAUGGAGACGUGUCCAUAGGGGCACCGCCCCACCAGUUUCUCUUGCAAUAAAAAUAUAAUAAAUGUAAUAAUAGCCUAUAGAAUUAUUUUUUUGUUGUGUUUUUGUGUAAACUUACACUUUUAAUAUGUGUCUGUUUGGGGGGAAAAAUUAUUGUUAUUACCUAUGUCAAUUAUUGGUACUGCAGUUUCCCUUAUCCUCCUAUGUUGUUGCUAGGGAUUGUUUUAAAAUUUUUUUUAAAUAUUUUUAAAAAUAUUACCAUUUUUUUUUUUCUGUCUAUUUAAAAAUGAUGAGUGGUCUGCUUUAUAGUCAUUGGCUGCUUGACAUCCCCAUGUUGCUGAUAAAUUGAGCACACACUCCCCAGCUUCCACUCUUCCUGGCUCGCUGGCUUUUUCCUUUACACCAAAGUAAGGCAGGCACCCAAUGUUUAAAGUGAAGCCUGCCUUACUUUAAUGUUAAUAAGCUACCCCUCAAACCUUGCGUUCCCUGAACUCAGCAUCCCAGCCAGAUAAUUAUAAUAUAUAAUUUCACAAAUACACUGAAUCAGAUGGGCCUGCUUUAGUGGCAGGCACCACUUUCAUUAUCUGGCUGGGAUGCUGAGUUCAGGGAAUGCAAGGUUUGAGG